GGGACAUCGGGCAGAACGGAGAAGAUAAGGGAGAGCAGAGAAGGAAAGCAAAGGGGGAGGGAAGCAGACAGCAAUAGCAGAGGAUAGGAGCAGGAGCAGAAGGAGGGGACAGGACGGGGGCGGAACCAGAGAGAAGGGGGACCGAAAGCGAGGAGGAGGAGGAGGAGAUAGAGAGGGAGAGGGACGGAACCAGGAGAAAGCCUGAGAGACAGAGCAUCGUGAGUGAGAACAAAGCGAGAGAUUGAGAGAAGAGAGCGGGAAAGAAGCUCGGCCUCGCCCGUGACCUCGCCCCCGGCCUCCAUUCUUCCGGUAAUAGCCCACGCGAGUCCCCGAUCCCGACCAAUCCGAUGAAGAUAAGAGCAACAUCUUGAGGUCAUUAAAUCUUGAUCACUCUCUCUGGACGUCCACCAGAGAGAAAGAGAGAGAGAGAGAGAGAGAGAUGGAAGAGGGAGAUGGAAGAUGAUAAGGGUUGUAGAGGACACGUAUUGCUCGUGCCAUACCCCAGCCAAGGUCACAUCAACCCAAUGCUCCAAUUCUCAAAGCGCCUGGCCUCCAAAGGCCUCAAGGCCACCUUCGCCACCACCGUCUUCAUCUUCAACUCCAUGAAGGCCGACACGUCCCCCUUGGUCGGCCUCGACACCAUCUCCGAUGGCCACGACAGCGGCGGCUUCGCGGAGGCCGAGAGCAUCCACACCUACAUCACCCGGCUAGAGGCUGCCGGGUCCAAGACUCUGUCCGAUCUCAUCGUCAAGUACCAGAGCACCGACCAUCCUGUCGAUUGCAUCGUCUACGAUUCGAUCCUCCCUUGGGCUCUCGACGUAGCCAAGGAGUUUGGGCUUGUCGGAGCCCCCUUCUUCACUCAGGCUUGUGCGGUGAACUACAUCUACUAUUUGGUCCACCAUGGGCAUUUGAGGGUACCCGUUGAGUCUUUGCCCGUUUGCAUGCCGGGAUUGCCACCGCUCGAGCUUCGCGACAUGCCUUCGUUCAUUUACGUGGCAGGCUCGUACCCGGCUUACUUCGAGAUGGUAUUGCAUCAGUUCCUCAACACGGACAAGGCUGAUUGGGUUCUUGUCAACACGUUCUACGAGCUUGAGGCUGAGGUGGUGGAUACGAUGUCAAAACUUUGCCCGGUGUCGACUAUCGGGCCGACAAUCCCGUCAAUGUACUUGGACAAGCGAGUGGAGGACGACAUAGAAUACGGCCUCAACCUCUUCACCCUGGACAAGUCCACCCUCAUCACCGACUGGCUCCGGUCGAAGCCACCGAGCUCGGUCGUCUACGUGUCCUUCGGCAGCUUGUCGUCUCUGGGCCGCAUCCAAAUGGAGGAGCUUGCGUGGGGGUUGAAGCAAAGCGGAUUUCAGUUCCUGUGGGUCGUGAGGGCAUCUGAAGAGGACAAAGUCCCGAAGCACAUGUUGAAACUAGAAGCUGAUGAUGGAGCUGAUCAUGACGAGAAGAGCGAGAAGAGCUUGAUCGUGAAUUGGUGUCCGCAGCUUGAAGUGCUAUCGAACGAGGCCAUUGGUUGCUUCUUCACGCACUGCGGUUGGAACUCGACAGUGGAGGCGCUGAGUGUGGGGGUUCCGAUGGUGGGGAUGCCUCAGUGGACGGACCAGACGACGGAUGCCAAGCUGAUUCAGGACGUUUGGGAGGUCGGAGUUAGGGUUCGGGUGGACGAAGAUGGGGUGGUGAGGAGGGGAGAGAUCGAGGGUUGCAUAAGGGAAGUGAUGGAUAGCGAGAGAGGGAAAGAGAUGAGGAGGAAUGCAAGGAAGUGGAAAGCUCUAGGCAGGGAGGCCAUGAUUGAGGGAGGAUCUUCAGACAAGAACAUAGACGCAUUUGUUUCCAAAAUCAAAAAUCGUAGAGCCUAGGGCAAGUGAACUAUUUUCUCUAUCGAGGUUUGGCCUCCUAGGAUAUUAGGAGGGGUUUUAUUGAAGAAUAAUUUAUGCAUAUUAAAUCAUAUAGCUCAAGUCCUUGCUAGCCAUUAAUCUCACUGAUUUCGUGAUUAAAUUCAUAUAAUCAAUGGUUUAGAGAGGCUUGGUCCACAUGGUUUAUAUAUAAUGUAAUAUAUAUUUUAAAUUUUAAAUCA